AUGGAUAGCUGCCUUCUAACCGAAAAUAGUCGGCGGGGGUAUCUUGGCCAAUCCGCACCAACCGGCACACACGGAGAGAGCGAGAGAGCAGAGCAGAGUGCGCGCAGAAGAAACUCGAGAAAGCAUUUAAGAAGCGAGACCCCGCAGCAGAUCGAACGGAAGUUGUCACCCAGCUCCACCAACUUCUUCCAGGCCAGCCAGCUCAGCUCUCCCACACACACUCGCUGUCAGAUCCCGAGAAUGGCGGUCGCCGCUCAGCCGCUGCUGGCCUCCGCGCUCCUCGCGCUCCUCCUCGCCGCCGUCUCCGCUGCCGAUACUAAGAAUAACCCUGCCGAUGAGCUUGUGAGCUUGAUCAACUCCAACCGUACCGCCAGCAAGGCAUCAAAUCUUGCUGACAAUCAAGGUCUUGGAUGCAUUGCUCUGCAGUACAUAAAAGCAUAUAAGGGUCAGUGCGACCAGGUGGGUGGAAACAAGAAGCCUGUGGAUUCCAGUUUCAUUGACACAUUUGCCCCAAAUUGUGGUGUCCAAGCUGCAAGCCUUGCCAAGAUCACUGGGAGGCUCCUGGCGUGCCAGCCAAGCUACCCGCCUCCAGCGCAGGCCUUCGACAUGCUCAUUGCUGAUGAGAGGAGCCUCCAGGUACUGCAUAGCAAGAACCACACAGAGGUGGGGGCGGCUGUCACCGGCACUUCUGGCGGCGGCCCGUAUUUCUGGUGUGUCUUGUUCAGCAAUGGGAAGGCCAACUCGAGCUUCACGGUAGAAGGGGGAGUUCCCAAGACUGCACAUCCUGGAUGCUUCAGCGGCAACAAUGACGAGUGCAGUGGUGCCAUUUCGACCGGUGUGGGUGCAUGGACACUGGUGUCGGCCACUCUUUUUGCUCUGGCUGGCGCCUUUACUUUGUGA